ACUUAAAAAUAGAGUUCCAUCAUACACACUUGCACAAAAACAAAACUCGCUUCCCAAUUCCGAUCCUCAAGGCCGAACCCGAAAACUUCUCAUACCACAAUGCUCUUUCCGUUGUUUCCACUUCCUCUCCCACUCUGAGUCAGUUCCCAUUUAAAAACAAAGACUCCCUCUAACCCUUGUCCUCAUCAUCAUCAUCGCAUUUUUCACUCUUUCGUAAUUUUACAUUGAUAUAUAAUUAUGCAACCCUGUAGCAGAGAAAUGCAAGGCCUCAACUCCCUCUUAAACUCUUCCUCCCAAAUCUCCCUCCAAGACCUUCAAAAUCACACCACUAACCAGAUCCAAAAUUCACACAUGAACCACCAACACCAACUUGCUCACUUUGAUUCAACUUCUCACGACGACUUUCUCGAACAAAUGCUCUCUUCCUGCUCUUGGACAGACCUCAACCCAAACAAGCCCUUAUUAUGGGACCCUAACACCCUCAACGACAUCAAGCCCCCCGACGAAACGACGCCGUCCAACAACAACAACGACGCUACUACUAAUGUCGCAGCUUUUUCCUCCUUCGAUGAGCACUCCACCUUAGCCUCCAAGUUCCGCAACCACCAGAUCAGCUCCAAUAACAACGCGCCCAAAAACGCCGCGGCGGCGGCUCUCAUGCUCCAACACCAACUCCUCAGAGACUCUGGUCUUCUCAACAUGCCUCUUUCCUUGCCCGGAAACGACGUCGUGGUUGACGCUUCUACCUUCGAAUCCCCCAAUCCGAGUGGUAAAGCUUCAGUCCAAACUCUCUACAACGGGUUCGCCGGAUCUCUGCAUGGCGUAGGCCAAUCCUCGAACCAGACUCAACAUUUUCAACACCCUCAGGGAAGUUCGAAUCCGAUGCAAGGGCAAAAUUUUGGGGCGGUGCCAGCUGGUGGUGGUAGCGCGACGAAUCAGGCUCCAGCGAGUGGCGCUGCCGCGGGUGGCGCGCCGGCUCAGCCGAGGCAGAGGGUUCGAGCGAGGAGAGGUCAAGCCACGGACCCACACAGCAUCGCUGAAAGGUUACGUAGGGAGAGAAUCGCCGAGAGAAUGAAGGCCCUACAAGAACUGGUUCCCAAUGCCAACAAGACAGACAAGGCAUCCAUGCUAGAUGAGAUCAUCGAUUACGUGAAGUUCCUGCAGCUCCAAGUCAAGGUUCUGAGCAUGAGCAGAUUGGGCGGUGCUGCUGCUGUCGCUCCCCUUGUUGCUGAUAUGUCCUCUGAGGGAGGCGGAGACUGCAUUCAAGCCAACGGCAAGAGUAACGGCGGUGGGGCCCAGGCUUCAACCACCAACACCAACACCAACCAAACGACAGCGACAACAACCUCAAACGAUAGCCUAACGAUGACGGAGCACCAGGUCGCGAAACUAAUGGAAGAAGACAUGGGUUCGGCUAUGCAGUAUCUUCAAGGAAAAGGUCUUUGCCUCAUGCCAAUUUCACUUGCCACUGCAAUCUCCACUGCCACGUGUCCCACCAGGAACGUUAACGUUAACCCCUUGAUCAACGCCGCCGCCGGAGCCACCCAUUUUCCGACCGCAGCCAACCCCGCCGGCGAAGGGCCGUCGUCUCCGAGCAUGUCCGUACUGACGGUGCAGUCCGCCAUCGCAGGCAACGACGGCGCCGCCUCCGUUUCGAAGCCGUGAUGACGGUGUUUGAGUGACUUUAUAGGAAAAAGAAGAAAAAAACAAAGUGAACAAAGGACAGAAAAUGACGUGUGUUUUUUUUUCUUAAAAAAAAAGGAGCCGUUAAAGUCUACGAAAAUAAGGCGUCAGGGAUACGGAGGACUCGACGACGCCGUAUUUACCUAGACUUUGUUUGGCUGAUGCUAACUUUCAACCAACCAAUUACAAACUCCACCAUGCCAAUUACCUACUUCUUCGUCUUCUUUUUCUUUAUUAUUAUUGUUAAUUGUUAACUGUCGCUUUGGGUUUCUUCUGUUCAUUGUUUUUAAAAAUCUGUAGUGGAAUUUCUCUUUUUGGUGUUUCAUUUCCGUCUAAACAAGUUAAUCUUUGUACUGGCUAGCGUUUACGUUUUUUUUCUAUGCGUUCUAUUCACUUACAACUGUUACUAUGAAGCCUUAAAUUA